AUGGAUAUCGACGAUAUUCUUGCCUCCGUUGACCACGGAACGGGCGCAAGCCCCGAGUCCGCCGCAAUAGACCAUCAACUGCUCACCCGAUUCUGGGCUGCCGAACGCGCCGUCUCGGAGGUCCUCCCAUGGCCCGCACCGCUAAUGGAGCGAAUGAUGGACCGAGUGCGAAUCCAGAUCGAAACAAUCGAAGACCUCGCCUCUUCUUCUACAGAACCAAGCAAAUCAACAAAUAACCCCAAUCUAAACCUCCGCCUCUCAAUCCUCCAAACAGACCUCGCAAGAACCCAAUACCUCCUCCGCAGUCUCCUCCGUCAACGACUCUCAAAACUCUCCAAAAACAGCAUGCACUACCUGGUUCAACUAGCUUCACGCUCAAAAAAUCCCCUUGCAAAUCCCUCACAAACCCAAUCACAAACACCCUCGCAAUCUCAACCAAAUUCUCAAACUCUUUCACCAGAGGACUCGGUCCCUGAUAUCUCCUCUGUAUCGGAUUUCUCACCGUUAUCUGAACAAGAAGCUUCUUUUGUACACGCGCAUCAGACUUUACUAGCGAGUCACUAUGGUGGUUCGUUUAUGGGUGCUUUCCCACUACAGCUUAGACGAUUGGAUGAUAAUGCUGGUGGAACGAGUAUGGUUCAGGGACCGGAAAUGAAGGAGGUUGUCUUUGCGCGCUGUCUUGCUAAGGAAGUUCCGGUUGUUAUUCCUGAUGGAGAUUCAGAGGAGGAUUAUGGGGUUGUUAUGCGUAUGGGAGAUGUUUGGGUUGUGCAGUGGGAGGGUGUUAGAGGGGCUUGGAAGAGGGGUGAGGUGGAACUACUUUGA